GCCAAUUUGAAUGAAAGAUGCCUCUCAUUAAGAGGAUUAUUGAACCAAGGCAUCUGUGUCGUGGGGCCUUGCCAGAAGGUGUCACCAGUGAGUUGGAAUGUGUGACAAACAGCACAUUGGCUGCCAUUAUAAAGCAGCUUGGCAGUCUCAGUAAACAUGCAGAAGAUAUAUUCGGAGAGCUUUUCAAUGAAGCUAACAAUUUCUGCCUGCGAGUUCAUUGCCUCCAGGAGAGAAUUGAUUGCCUGGCAAUUAAAGUCACCCAACUGGACUCUACCGUGGAGGAAGUUUCGCUACAGGACAUCAACAUGAGGAAAGCAUUUAAAAGUUCGACCACACAGAACCAGCAGGUGGUCUCGCGGACAACCAUCCCAAACCCAGUGUUGGAAAUGUUCGAGAAAUGCGACAAGCCCCCGCCUCUCAACAUCCUGACGCCGUACAGGGAUGACAGGAAAGACGGGCUGAAGUUUUACACCGACUCCUCCUACUUCUUCAAUUUGUGGAAAGAGAAGAUGCUGCAGGCCACGGAGGAUAAAAGGAAGGAAAAACGAAGGCAAAAGGAGCAGAAGCUGGUGGAAGAUGCCACUCGCGAGGUGAAGAAAAUCCGCAAAGCACGGACCAGGCGGCCAGAAUGGGAUGUGAUGGGGCGCGAUAAAGAAUUCCGAGCUGAUCACAGGUUUUCCCCGUCCCCCUACCACGCUGCAUCUUCCGAAGGAUCCGUCUCGCCAGAUACCAGGUCCUUCGUAUCUGAUAUGGGAGAGCUUUCGUAUCCUGCGAGUCCGAACCAUCCUGUUCAGCAGUCGACAGUUUACGUGCCUGAUCACAAGGAGCUUCUGACGGCUGUAACUCAGGCACAGGAUCGAGUGUACAAAUUACCUCCCGCUAACAUCAGGCAAACGUCACUAACUCGAGCUCAGCAACCUCACCUGACAAAGCCUGCCGAGGCUGUGCUCAAUGGACCCAGACACCUUCUCAAAGAGUACAGUGCGCAGCCGGUGCAGUUGGCGGAGUACUACACGCCACCCAUCCCUGCUCCUCCACCCCCACCCCCUCCCCUUAUCCCUUCAGCCCAAACUGCGUUUGACAGCCCCAUCUCCGCACCUCCCCCACUUGCGCUCAGUGCCGUGGCAGCAGCGGGCCGCACGUACACCCCCUCACCCCCCCCGCCCGCCCCUCCCUUGUCUUACACCCCCACACCCCCUGGCCCUCCUGCCGCGCCCCCACCUCCUCCCCCUGGCCCUCCCAUCUUUGUCCCCUCCAGCCUGCACACUGCCUCACCACCAUCAGCCAUGGAAAUAAAGAAGGCACAAGCAACUCUGAUGCCAAUCAGCGAUGCUCGAAGUGACCUGCUCGCUGCUAUUCGAAGAGGAAUUCAACUGCGGAAAGUACAAGAACAGCGAGAGCAAGAAGCCAAGAAGGAGCCGGUUGGCAACGACGUGGCCACCAUCUUGUCUCGUAGAAUCGCGGUGGAGUACAGCGAAUCUGACGAUGACUCUGAACUGGACGAGAACGAGUGGUCUGAUUAGCAAGGUUACACGGGGUAUCUGCGUUACGGUGCUCGGCGUGGCCCGGCCUUGGUGGGUUUCUGUUGGGUUUUUUCAGGAGUGUGGUGCACGUACAUUUACAGAUCGCCCGCAAAUGUAUCGUCUGCAACCGCGUCCAAGUAAAGCACACACACACACACACGCACGCACGC